CUGGGAGCCGGCCGAGGUUGCGCCGCGCGGGGCAGCAGAGGGGCGAGCGAGCGAGCGAGCGAGCGGAGGGGCGCGCGCCAGCCGGCUGCAGCGACAGAGGCCGCUCUUGACCCGGACGGGCGCCCUGCCUGCCUGCCUGCCUGGCGGCGUCUCCCUCCAUCGCGGUUCCCGUGGGUGCGCCCGGCUGGCUGGCUGGCUGUGCGCGUGAAAGGGCGGCGGCAUCCGGGCGCUCUUGAGCAGCAGCAGCGUAGCUCCCUCUUCGUCUCGGUCCGGGCUUGGACUCGCUUUGCGCCGCCACCCGCGGCUGCCUCUGCGUCCUUCUCCGGGCGUCAGUCCUCUUGGGGCUUUGCCCGUCGGCAGCCGCGCCCACUACUCAGACCAGGAUCGGGCCACCUCGGGGCCAGGAUGCCCGCGGACCUGAUGGAGAAGAGCUCCUCGUCGCCCGCGGCAGCCACCCCGGCCAGCGUCCACGCCACGCCAGACAAGCCCCGCACGGCCUCCGACCACCGGAAGUCGUCCAAGCCCAUCAUGGAGAAGAGGCGGCGGGCGCGCAUCAACGAGAGCCUCGGGCAGCUCAAGACUCUCAUCCUGGACGCCCUCAAGAAAGAUAGCUCCCGCCAUUCCAAGCUGGAGAAGGCCGACAUAUUAGAAAUGACAGUCAAGCAUUUGCGAAACCUGCAACGCACCCAGAUGACGGCCGUGCUGAAUACGGAUCCUACCGUGUUGGGCAAAUACCGGGCUGGUUUUAAUGAGUGCAUGAACGAGGUGACGCGCUUCCUCUCCACCUGUGAGGGGGUGAACACGGAGGUGAGGACUCGCCUGCUUGGACAUCUGGCCAGCUGCAUGAGUCAGAUCAACGCCAUGAACUAUCCGGCCCCACAGCCCCCCUCUGCAGCACUGCUCCCUCCACCCCCUGGGGCUCAGCAUGGGGCAUCUUUUGGGCACUCCCUGGUGCAGAUCCCUGCUGGUGCAGCACCCCCUGCUGCCAGCGCGGUGCCUUGCAAGCUGGGCAGCCCGGCCGGGGAAGGGGCAAAGGUGUACAGUGGUUUCCAGUUGGUGCCGGCCUCUGAUGGGCAGUUUGCCUUCCUCAUCCCCAACACAGCCUUUGCCCCACACAGCAAUGGUGUGAUUCCACUCUGCGCCAAUGGAGGAAUGGGCUCUGGGUUGCCUCCUGCUGCCGCCAUCUCGCCUGCGUCCGGUGGCCCCUCACUCCCAGCAGAUUCGGUGUGGAGACCUUGGUGAAAGCACGUGAGGUGGCCGGCGGCUGGCCGGCUGGCCUCUGGACUUGCUAGAGAACUUGGGGUGGCCUCUGAGACCAGUUCUCUGGCUUUUGGGCCUCCUUAUGAGAGGGCGCUUAAGAGCCUUUUUAUCCUCUGGGUGUAAAUAGCAUGGACUGUUCAUACUGGAUUGUGCCUUCCUUUGUACCAUAGCAAAUGCUCUCUUCUUCCAUCUCCCCAGUUUCUCUUCUGUGGCUGUCUAACUGGCCUCUCUGCGUGUGUGUGUGUGUGUGUGUGUGCAUGCGUGCGUGCGUGUGCGCGCAUCCACACGAGUCCAAACUUUCAAGUCCAUCUCUUCUCCCCCCACCCUUUCGGGUUUGUCUGUGCCUGCCUUUUUUAUUUUAAGUGACACCAAAGAUCUCGUUGUUCUUAAAAAAAACAAAACGCCUUUCCUUCCUUUUGGAAGCUAUUUGGUAAAAAUAAAGACAUUUAGUAUUACAUGUGCUGUAGUAGGUGGGUGGCGGCAGCUCUCUCCUUCUUGGAACGGCAGAGAAUGGAAUGCUUUCCUCGGGCAGGAUGUGGAACAGAAGACUCACCUCUGAGGUCUCCAGAGAUUCUUCUGCAAGUUUGGCUGCUCAGAAAGCGCAAAAUCACGUGACCUGGCAAAUCUGAUGAGUCUCCUCCCAGCUCCUGUUCACUUGUUUUCACACUGGGCCCAGUAACCUCUGGAUUUAAUUGGAGCUUGGGAAGGUGAAGGCCUGCCAUAAGGCUAAGAGUCCCCCCCCAUUCAUGCACGCACACACACACACACACACACACACACGUGUGUGUGUGUGUGUGUGUGUGUGUGCCAGCUUCCUACUUUUCUCCAUAGAGGAAACAAUACCAGCACAGCCUUGAAUGUGAUUUGGCCCUAAAGAGGGUAGGCAGAAGGUCCUCUGUUCCAUCCCUGGCAUCCCCAAGUAAAUGUUAUUGGUAACAGACUUGACGGUCUCUGCUUAAGAUCCUGGAAAGGUGGUGUUGCUCAAGAGUAGACCAUGGAUCCAGAGGUGGCCCAUGCUUCCUGUAUGGUGAAUUUUGUUAUAGUUGCUUUCCCAAGAGGAGGAAUACAGGAGUGCCCUCUGCUGUGAAGAGGAGGCAGUGGUCAACUGGGGUUGGAUUUGAGCACUUAUUUUUAUGCUUGGUAAGCUCUGACUUUUACUCCUUAGAAGGCUCUUUUAACUUAAUGGACCCCGCUGUGCCAGCCACUCUGGAGUUAAAAAGGAAUUAACUUAUUUCAUGGGAGGAUGUCUCUUAGCAGGCCUAUUAGAAGAGCCUCCAUGUUCAGAAGCAGUCUCCCUCUGGGGUCAGGGUCAGGCUGUUUUCCUCUUGUGACUUCCUUGUGAGCUUUCAGGGGGCAAUGGGUGGCUUGUGGAAGAAGCAAUGCUGAUUUGCCUGCACUCUGAUCCCAUCAGGCAGCAGCUUGUGGCUGUUGUGAGUCUGAGGAGAGGGCCAGGGACCAGGUGGACUGCUUCUUUCCCAAAUAACUUUUCCAAGUUCCUGGGCAGAAAGGGUGAACGAACUCUUGGUUGAGCGGCUCCUGUAAAAUGGCUGAGUAUCUGUGCCCACCAUCUCAUGGCUCCACAUUAAGUGGGGGCCACAGCGCUCCUCCAUGUCCUGAGUCCCUGUGCUGUUCAAUCUCUUUGCAAAUGAGUUGAAGGAAGGAGGGGAUGGCUUAUCAAAUUUGCAGGCGCUACAAAGCUGGGAGCAAUUGUUGACACCAUGUAACAGGGUCUCUAAAGU